UUGUUGGUCAAAUAAAUUAGUCGUUUUGAGAACGCUGGUAAAAGUGCUGCCUGAAGAAUUUACAGUUAGCAAGUAACGUGUGUUAAUUGAUUCAUAACUGUGUUUACGUGAUUUAAUUAAGUAUAACCUAAAAUGGAAGUUGUAUUAGAAGGACCAGUUUUGACGAAUAGGUGAAAUAAUGGAAGAUUAUGAAGAUGAGCCUGAUCUGAAUGAACAAAUUUUUCACAAUAAUGUCAGGGAACAAAUAAUUUUUCUGCUGCUUUUUCUCCUCCUCUACCUGUUCAGCUUUGCUCUGUUGGGCCGUUUCAAACGUAGAGGGAGAGAAGACUAUUACAGCACAGACGAAGAUGAGGUGACUGUCUACAGGAUCAGCACCUGGCUGUGCACGUUUUCCCUGGCGGUUUCCGUAGGAGCGAUUCUUCUGCUGCCCAUCUCCAUAGUCUCCAACGAGGUCUUGGUGAACUAUCCGAAUAGCUAUUAUAUUAAAUGGCUCAAUUCUUCACUUAUACAAGGCCUUUGGAACUAUGUGUUCAUAUUCUCCAACCUCUCCCUAUUCAUCUUGCUUCCCUUCGCCUACCUGUUCACGGAAUCGGAAGGUUUUUUCGGCCAUCGAAAAGGACUGAUGGCGAGAGUUUACGAAACCUUCAUCGUGCUGGCCCUUUUGGGAAUGGUCGUCCUAGGAAUGACCUACGUCAUAUCGGCCCUAAUAGAUAAAGAUAACUCUAGCAUCCAGACAAUACUGAAUUUGACAAGCUAUUACUUGCCUUUUCUGUAUUCGUGUAUAUCUUUCCUCGGAGUACUGAUACUAUUAGUAUGUACGCCACUGGGAUUUGUGCGUCUGUUCGACGUCGUCGGCCAGUUCUUGAUAAAGCCCCAGUUCCUCCGCGACAUCAACGAGGAAUACUUCGCUUGCGCCAUGGAAGAGGAGAGCCUACGUAGAAGACUGAAACACGCCCAGAACACUGGGAAAUCUUACGUUAGUCCCGCGCCAAUGUCGAUUGGUUUAAGCGGUCCCUUCAUUGAGGAAGAGUACAAACUGCCGGAAAACCUGUUGAGGUUAAGGAACGGAGAGCUGCAGUCCGGGCUAGGAGCCAGGCUCAUCGCGGUAGAAGAAAGGAGGAAAACGUUAGAUAAGCAGCGGCAGACUUCUUCGUUGAGGAGAAACGUGGUGUACCCCGUAGCCAUGCUGCUUCUUCUCGGACUGACAGUGAUCGCCGUGUUAUUAGUAGUACAAAACACACUGUCGUUGUUGAUAGGCAUUAAAGCACUACCUAGUAGCUCAAAGCAAUUCACUUUGGGGGUGAGUUCGCUAUCAAAGUUAGGGCCUUUUGGCGCCGCACUAGAAAUAGUGCUGAUAGUUUACCUGAUAUUAACCUCGUCAAUUGGUCUCUACACCGCUCCUUGCAUGAGGAGGGUGAGGCCGAAGCCUAAGAGCACACCGUUUUGCCUUGUCAUUGGAAACUGCGCCUUGUUGCUGAUAAUCAGUUCCGCCUUGCCUUUGUUAUCGAAAAUUCUAGGUAUCACCAACUUUGACUUGCUCGGUGACUUUGGGAGCAUCGAGUGGCUGGGGAACUUCAAAAUAGUCCUCCUAUACAACCUGUCGUUCGCAGCAGCUUCAACGCUAUGUGUAGUCAAUAAGUUUACGGCCAAAGUACGCCGAGAACUGUACGCCCGAAUACUGGUUUUGCUGGAAUUAAAUGACCCCCCCAUUUCCAUCUCGAGUACACCAAGGCCAUCGUUGGCUAAAUGUGAGUAGUACACUUUUCCUCGAUCAACAUACAAUUUCAAAUGCAGCUUUAGUGGUAAUAAUUUUAUAUAUGUUGUGAUAAUGUCUGUUUAAAUUUGUGGAAUUAUUUUCGAUUUGUUGAAUAUAACUUUAAGUCGCACCAAUAUUGGAUAUGUGAGUAAAAAAUUUAAAAUUGUUCUGUGGAUAUGAUAAAUUUUUUUACUUGAAUUAUUAUUUAGUAAAAUAUGUAGGUAUAUGAUGGCUAAAUUAAUGUCUAAACGUUCUGUGAUUUUAACGGCAUUUAAGCAUUAUUGAAAAAUCGCUAAUAUUGGUGCCAACUGGUUUAAUUUCCGAUUGUUCUGCUUCUUACAAGCUCUUAUUGAAGUUAUUUUUCUUAAUAAUGAUGAUCACAUGAAUAUAGUCGAAAAAUGUGCUAUAAAACUUUAUCGACAGUUUUUAUAGUACAUACAUUUAACCAUUUUUUUUAUGUUUAACAUGUUAAAGUAAUUAUUGCUGUUACAGUCUGUUUAUAACUGAUUUGCUCAACAUCAUAUAUUCUCUAGUCUUAGUCACUGCAAAUUUAAGCUAGUGUUAUUUUAAUCAAUGAUAUCAUCAUUUAAUUUUAUUUGUAUCCAAUGUGAAUAAAAAUGUGUUACCCA